AUGACAACCCCGCCUACGUCGCCUACGACGCUGACUGAGAACGAAGACAACACCGCCUAUCAUGCUGGGGAUGACGACAGCGUCACCUACGCCGCCUACAUCUCUGAGAAGUCGCCAAACCUUAACUGCCGAUCGACCAGUGUCAGUCUACAGGCGGUGAAAAGCGGCUGUCAUGGGCACAACACGUGCGUCGUGCAGGCGGACUAUUCGUUCAUGCACGAGGACCCGUGCCCAGGGGUCUCCAAGUACCUGCAGAUCGACUAUCAAUGCGUGGUGACUCUGGGUCAGCCUGUUCAAAUGACAACCACGAGAAAACAGCCCGUCACCACCCCAAACAUCCCCGUCACCACCGCGACAAGGGCCACCCCACCAACAACGACAGCUGCACCACCGCAAACGCGCGCAGCCACCACGCAACCCAACCUGCCGCCGGGUAUUAUUCCAAUCAACGUCGGCGGCGGCGGCGGCGGCAACAGCGCGGGCUUUGGUGUGGGAAACAGCGUUAGCAAAAAUCAAACAGGCGUAACCCAGUGUCACGAGUUCCUAGUGUCUGGUCCCCGGGGCGUGCCGGACGGGCAACUGUCUUCUUCUUCCCGGCUCGCAAUCGCCAAUAAUGCGCACAGGGGUCGCCUUUACACGGAUGUUGACGUCCAAAGGGGCCUUGAGGGCGCCUGGACCGCCGAUCCAGCCGAUAGCAACCCUUGGAUACAGGUGAAGAUGAACUGGUUGACGAUCGUGCACGGGGUGACAACCCAGGGGCGCCACGUGAACCCUUCCACCGGGUGCUGUGCGGAGUGGACGACCGGAUACAAGGUGCUCUACAGUGACGACGGACACACGUGGAACACGGUGAAGGACGCAAACGGACAAGACCAGGUGUUUGUUGGUAAUACGGACACCGACACGCCCAUUACACACAUAUUUCCAUGUCCUAUCGUCGCACGCUACAUCCGGCUGCAGGUCGUGUCACACGUUGGCCGUCCGUCUCUCCGGCUAGAACUGAUUGGUUGUCCUACUAACUCACCUGACCUAGGGACGUGUCCGCCGGGCUGGAAGGAGCGUCCCGGAAGUGCCACGUGCUACUUCAUAUCGGACCAAUCAGACACGAAGACAUGGGAAAACGCCAUGAUCAACUGUCGCCGACAACAGGGUCAGAUGGUCAAGAUAGACUCGGCCGCAGAAAAGCAAUGGUUGAUUGGUGAGUUGGCGAAGCUGCAGACGACACAGAAGUUGACUAACUUCUGGACGGGCCUCAACAACCGACCCCGCCGUGACAACAACUACUACCACUGGCACGAUGGCACCUCCCUCAACGCUAACGUGGUAAACUGGCGGUCAGGGGAGCCCAACAAUGGCGGAGGGAUAGAGCACUGCGCCGAGUACCUGACUACCACUGACCGGCUCAACGAUCGUGACUGUGAUAACGGUCUUCCCUACAUAUGUGAACUCUCUAAAUACUGGUUGACGCCGGUAUCCCAAGCCGCGACCCCGCCCACCAGAGCUCCCGGGGUAACCAAUCCAACAACACCAACAACCACCACCGUCCGCCAGUCCACACUAGCGCCUACCACCAUUCAACAUAAGCUGCCUAUUCCGAUAGGAGGGAGCCUGGUGAAUACUGGGAAAAACAACUUCACACGCGUGGGAGGGAACCCGGGCUGUUUAAAGACCUCCGACUGCCAGGCGCUCCCCGGAAUCACGUACGGGGACUACCCUUCGUGCACCGGAUGUGGGUUCUUUAUGACGUGUGCACCCAGCGGCGCCUAUGAUAGGAACUGCCCCCUUAACCUCAAGUAUGACGCCAACAAAGACGCCUGCUCCAGAACAUCAUCGAACUGCGCGGGCCCAUAAGAGCCGUUGACGUAUUUUAAGAGUUGAAGUGUAACAUUGCUUAAAGUGACACUCUUAUUCAUAAUCAAUACAUACACAUGUAUAACACACAUAAUUUUUGAGUGAUAAACCUUAAACUACUUACUAAAUAAUGCAUAUGUGGAAAAUAUUAACUACUGAUAAUAUUUUAACCGUGAAUUUGAUAGCGGAAAGCGCUAAAAUAUUAAUGAUUGGUGAAUGCUUUAGGAUUAACGGUGGUCUACUUAAGUCUCAUAAGGUAUAAAUACCGUGUUUUAUGCUCAUUUCUUUCAAAUUUAACUCGGUAUCAUUCAUAAUAGCCAUUUUUUUCUGAUAUUUAUUUAUUCUUUUUGGAAUUUUAAACAAUGUUAUUAAUUGUGGUAAAUCUAAUUUGGGAGUAAAAGUACAUCUUUAAUAUCACCGACUCGUUCCACUUUUUGCUGAAUACAAUUG